UAGAACACGUCGUUUGCGUUUCUUUCCAUGUUUUUCACGCAAUGUACAAAUUGUGUUGUAGUUACCGCUGGUUUUGGAUUUCAGUUUGUUAUUAUCCGGCGGUUUUCAGCGGGGUUAGGAGCGGGACAUUUCAAUUUUAACGUACUCAACAAUGGUAAAACGACUUUAAGAAGUCGAACCGCAAGAAUUCAGUCAUACAAAGCGCUUGUAACUAAAUGUAAAUAUACAGUACUAUUUUAAGACAUAAAAAAUAAAGUCUUCUGUGCUCAGAGUCCGGGUCCUCCUGAUGUAAUUGCGAUGUAAACAAAAACUGUCAAGAAUAUUGUUUUCAAGGAUUGAACGGUUGUUUUCAAAGAAUGCUGCAGGUGAAAUUCGGAGUUACUCGGAGUUUUCAUUUGUUUUCUGCCACGAACCAAUAUAUUGUAUAACCAGUGCACAUACAACGAAAAAUUCAACAGUCAGUUUAUGCAGCUUAUUUGGAUUUAAGACAUUUGAAGGACGUCUGUACCAUAACAGUAAAACAAAAUGCCACCAAAGAGGUCUAAAGAUAGCAAGGUCAAUGUAUCCAGCUCCUUGGAGUCUGAGGAUUUUAGUUUGGAAACUACAGUUCCUACUGAGGACAUUUCUUCAUCAGAGGAGCAUGAAGGGAACAAAAAAGUCACCAGGCAGCUGAUCGAGAGGAAAGAGCUGCUCCACAACGUCCAGCUUCUGAAAAUAGAGCUCUCUCAAAAAACUCUAAGCAUUGACAACUUGAAGGUGGAAUAUCUCACCAAAAUAGAGGAGCUGGAGGAGAAAUUGAACGAUGCUCUUCAUCAGAAACAGCUGCUUGCACUACGGCUAGACAAUCAACUCAAACUGAAGCAAGAGGAAACCAGGAAACAACAGGCAUUAAGGAAGCAGGAAAUGGACACUAUUUUGUUGAGACAGAAGCAGCUGGAAGAGACCAAUCUUCAGCUUCGAGAAAAAGCAGGAGAUAUCCGGCGUAGUUUGCGUGACUUGGAACUCACAGAGGACAAAUACUUAGAACUGAAAGAGCUUCCAGAAGACCAGCUCUCAAUUCCAGAAUAUGUCUCUAUCAAAUUCUAUGAAGUGGUCCAUCUAUUAAGAGCAGAGGUGGGUGAACUGCAGGCAAAAAAAACCAGCCUAUCGGAGGACCUUGUCAGCCAUAGAAGUGAGCUAAAGUCAUUAAUGGAGAGCUACGAUGAAGAGAGAAGAAUACGGUCAGAGUUAGAAGUUAGAUGUCAGCGGUUAACCCUGGAUUUAGCUGAUACAAAGCAGCUAAUUCAGCAAGGGGACUAUAAGCGGGAAAAUUACGACAAAGUGAAGAGAGAAAGAGACUCUCUUGAGCAAGAUAUUUCAGACCUUAGAAAACACUUUGAAAUACUUGAAGUUACACACAAAGCACAAACAAAGGAAAGGGAUGACUUCAGCAAAGAGGUGGUUACCCUCCAGCAGUCCGUCACUUUAUUACAGAAGGAUAAAGAGUAUUUAAAUCGUCAAAAUCUAGAGCUCAGUGUGCGAUGCGCCCAUGAAGAAGAUCGUUUGGAGAGGCUUCAGAUUCAUCUUGAAGAAGCAAAGAAAGCCCGGGAAGAAACAUAUGAAAAAUAUGUGGCAUCAAGAGACCAUUGCAAAACAGAAUAUGAAAACAAACUCCGUGAUGAACUUGAACGAAUUAGAAUUAAAACUAAUCACGAAAUCGACACCCUUCGCAGCACAUCAAAAGAGAUGUAUGAACGUGAAAACAGAAAUUUGCGGGAAGCGAAAGAUAAUGCUGUUGUAGAGAAAGAAAGAGCUGUUCAAGCUGAAAAGGAUGCUCUAGCGAAAUAUGACCAGAUUUUGGAACAGUUCAGACAGCUUCAGCUGGGAACAGACAGCCGGGUUGCUGAGUUGCUCAACCAAGUAAAAUUCAAAUCCUUUGAAGCUGAGCGUGCUCAGAUGAUACAGGAGGAAACAGCCAAAAAUCUCAGUCAGUGCCAAUUAGAGUGUGAGAAACACCAGAAAAAACUGGAGGUCUUGACAAAAGAGUUUUAUAGUCUUCAGACUUUGACAGAGAAGCGCAUUACUGAGCUGCAGGCACAGAAUUCUGAAUAUCAAGCUCGACUGGAAACCUACGAAAAAUUAGAACAGGAGCUUGAUGAUGUUACCAUGCAAGCUGCAGAAAUGGAGAAUGAGGACGAAGCAGAGAGAGUUCUCUUUUCAUAUGGAUAUGGAGCUAACGUUCCGACAACAGCUAAACGGCGCCUUAAACAGAGUGUUCAUCUAGCCAGAAGGUUACUGCAGCUAGAGAAGCAGAACACCUUACUGAGGAGAGACUUGGAACGACAGAGUGCCCAGACUAAACACAUAUCUCAAGAGCUGGAGAGAGCUAAUCACCUCUUGAACCAAGCACAGCAACCAUACAGCUAUCUAAUAGAAACAGUUCGUCAAAAGGACUCCCAGAUCCAGGCUCUGAAAGAGUGUGUUUCACAGCUGGAGAAUGAUGUCAGCACCUUAAAGAAAGAGAGAACUGAUUUGCAGAGAGUCAAGAAUAACAUGGCAGCAGAUUUAGAGCGGCUUCUGAACCACCGUGAGGAAUUAUCUGUAAUGAAACAGGUUCUGAUUAACAUGCACACCCAACGCUAUGGCGAUGGAUUACCUCAUCCUCGUAACGAAGCAGCAAGUGCGACUGCAGUACGUAUGCCAAAAGCAUUUGUCAGCAUGGAUGGAGAGGAAAAUAUCCAACCCAAACCAACUUUGUUUACAAACAGAGAUGCUCCUCCUGAGUGGUAUAAAAAACUGAAGCAGAAAAAAUAAUUUCUAUCUACUUUUUGAAAUGUAAAACAAAAAAGCAUCAUGAAUAAAUAAACUCAAUCUGCGUGGUAAGAUUAUAUUUUACAUGACAAGAAUGUUGUUAUAGUAUUUUUUUUUUAUGUGUGAAUAUAUACAUUUUUAUGGAAAGUGGUUGUAGAACAAAUGCAGUGAAUGACAGGUGUCUCUGAAUGUACCAUAUUUUGUAGAAAACAAAAUAAACAGUUUUGCAUGCGAUCUA